UUACGUUGUAAAAGUAGAGUUUAGAAAGAAUUAAAACACUCAUCAGAUUACUAUCUUUUCGUGAAUAUUUAAAUGCAAAUACGAAUUUUUAAUAAAUCUAUUAUUUAAAAGAAGAUCAUAGAAUUGACCGAUUAUAAUAAUAAUCUAAUAUCAAUUCUUUCUUAUCUUAUGAAAUUAUAGAUAAUUUAAAUAUGGCGAGAUUUUUUGCAUUAACGAAUUAUCUUGUUCUCCAAAGGUCGAUUGAUUAAUUACUGAAAUUUUGAUCUUUAAUUUAAACAUAUUGAAGUAAUAAUUCUGUAUUUUAUUAUUAUUUAUUCAUUUUUUCUAUUCUUUUUCUUUUUACCAAAUCCUCAAUAUGUAACGCCGAUAAAAUCAUCUUGUGUCAAACAAAAAUAUUAAAAAGCUUAUGUUAAUAUAAUUGCAUUAUCAAUGUGUAAUUAAUCCAUUGUUAGAAACUAUCUGAAGAGCAAUUAUUAUUGUCAACUAUUCAACAUUAAAACAAUUUUCAUAUGGAUAAAAUAACCAAUGCAUAACAACAUCAAAAAACGGAGGAUGUGUACAAAAACGGACAUGUGGAAACUCCUGAUAUCGUCAAUAGUGUUGAUUGUUAUUAGUAUUUUAAGAAUUAAGGCUGUUUUAUUAGCUCCAUCCUUUACUCCAAUUGUUAUAUCUGCAAACUAUACACAAAAUUAUAAUGCUACUAUAAACAGCACCAUCGAAUAUGUAUUCUUAUAUCCCACGAAGAAUAACACAUUAUUAAAAACUGCACGAAUACAAGUGCAAAGUGAAGCUACCUCUGAUUUGCCUUUGAUUGUAGUUGUUCGGCAAGAUAGAGGAAUUCUAUCUUGGCAGAUUCCUCUUAUUAUUGAAAGUGUAAAUUUUGAUCCAUUAAAAUAUAAUAAAACCAGUCGAACAUUAUGUUCAACAAAAUAUUAUAAAAGUGAUUAUCAUGACACAGAUGAUCAAGAUUUUAUUUCUGUUAGUAUAUCUACAGCUAGUCACGUAAAUAUCUUUUUUAAUCUUAGUGUAACAGAAGAAACAGAUUUUAAUAUAAGGCUAAAUGAAAAAAGAAGUGUAGAAAUUUCUCCUUCAGAACCUAUAUAUUAUAGUUACAUCUUUCCAGAAGAAUUUCAAAGUUCAUCUGUAAUUGUUAGCGUUGAAUCAGAUAAUGAUAUUUGCAUGACAUUCUCUAUACAAAAUGUAUCCUGUCCAGUAUUUGAUUUAGAGCGGAAUAUUGAAUUUUCUGGAUAUUGGCAAACUAUAAGUCAGAAAGGUGGUAUCACAGUAUCUAAAGAAGCAUACCCUUUUGGAUUUUUUGUUGUACUUGUAGUUAAAGGAGAUGAUACAGAUUGUAAUGGUGUACUCAGCACCAGGUCACUUAGAAGUAAAAAUAUUACAUUAACUAUAAAUGCCAGUAUUACGAAAAAAGAUUAUGUUGUGGCUUCAUGUACAGCAGCAUUUGUAAUUAUUAUAUUUUGUGGAUGUUGUGUAGUAGCUGUGAUUGUAGGUAAAAUUAGAGAAGGUAAAAAGCUUCGGGAAGAAUUGUUAACUGACAGAGACAAUGAAAUUAGUCAAAAUAUUCAAAGUCCUUCGACUUUAGAAGAGAUUGGUCCUAGUCAAUGGGCAACAAUUGAAGAAGAUUCUUCAUUAGAUGAAGAUGAUAUUGAUAUGAUGGAAGAUGCUCUUUCAGAUAAAGAAGUAAUACGAACAAAAACUGUGCUCUCAGUUUGUGAUCUAGCACGGAAAGAACCAAAAAUUUUAAAACAUAAAUCGCGCUUGUAUUUAUAUUACCUAGCAACUGUUGCUAUUUUUUAUACAUUACCUGUUUUACAACUGGUAAUAACAUAUGAACGAGUGCUUCAUGCUACUGGAAAUCAGGAUAUGUGUUAUUAUAAUUUCUUAUGUGCACAUCCAUUGGGAUUAAUAUCUGAUUUUAAUCACGUUUUUUCAAACUGUGGAUAUGUUCUGCUUGGUUUAUUAUUUAUAUUUUUAACGUAUACACGAGAAUUAGAUGAAUCAGAUAAACAAAAAACAAAAUGUUAUGGAAUACCACAGCAUUAUGGACUUUUCUAUGCAAUGGGUACUGCACUCAUAAUGGAAGGUGUUCUUUCAGGAAGUUAUCAUGUCUGUCCAAGUCGUAGUAAUUUUCAGUUUGAUACUAGUUUUAUGUACAUAAUAGCAGUGUUAUGCAUGAUAAAAAUUUAUCAAACUCGUCAUCCUGACAUAAACGCUAGAGCUCCAGUAACCUUCGGAACAUUGGCCCUUAUUAUACUUCUAGGAUUAGUUGGAGUCUUAGAUGGUUCUAUAUACUUUUGGGCAAUAUUUACCACUACGCAUUUAUUUGCCUGUUUGAAUUUAACAGCCCAAAUAUAUUACAUGGGACGUUGGAGAUGUAACAGAGGCCUUUUUACUAGGGUUUAUCAAACAUUAAAAAACGACGCACGUUAUGGAGUAACAUAUUUAUUCCGGCCACUUUAUGUUGGAAGAUUUGCAAUGCUUGUUGUAGCAAAUUUAUGUAAUAUAGGUUUAUCAGUAUAUGGUAAUCUAUAUCAUGAGAAAAAUUUCGCUACAUUUCUAUUAGCAAUUUUAAUGUCCAAUUUAAUUUUAUAUACAUUAUUUUAUAUAAUAAUGAAGUUGUGUCAUAAAGAAAGAAUCUUACUUAAACCAUUAAUGUACAUCAUAUUAGCAGUCUUAUUCUGGGCAGCUGCAUUAUAUUUCUUCAUACAUAAAACGAUAUCCUGGAAUCUUACUCCCGCCCAAUCACGUCUUUUUAAUAAGCCUUGCAUAUUAUUAAACUUUUUCGAUUCUCACGAUAUUUGGCACUUCUUAUCGGCAUUUGCAAUGUUCUUCUCGUUUAUGAUUUUACUUACCUUAGAUGAUGACCUUGUUGAUGUACAUCGAAGUCAAAUCCCAGUUUUUUAAAGUUAUAUAAAUAAAUUGAGAUCAUGUAUCUAAUGUAAAAUUUAUGCAAGUUUAAGACUGCAUAUAAUGUAUAUAAUAUAAAAGACAAAUAAUUAAAGAUGAUAUAAAAUU